CCCUGUACGGGUGUGGCAUUAGACGGUGCACGACACACGAACUGCGUAAGCACAGUCAAUCGAGCAGCUUUUCUUUCCAUGUGCUGUCGUUACUGUAUGAAUCAUUGAAACAGUUUCUCCUUUUCCAUGAUUACAAGAUAAAAUGGCAACCAAAGCACAAGAGUAGACCCUUAAAGAGGCAAGGCUACAUCUGAAAACACCUGGAUUUUCACAUAGUCAAUUCUGUAUUGGAUGUUCAAGAGUAGGAUCACCAUGAAAUCUCCUUAUUUUGUCCCAGGAAGGAGGAAGAACUUCUAAUGUGGUCUACCAAGAAGCACUCCGAGUAUCAAUAAACAUUGAGGCAGUACAGAGAGAUUAGUAAAAGUAGUUAACUAAAGUAAUUAUACCACCGUUUCUGUACUGUGAUGUGGAAGAAAGUAGGUGUGAAAUAAAGUGGUUGUAAAGCAGUUAUUACGACAUCUACCCAGGAUUAAAACGGUGGAAACUACAUGAAGCGUGCCUAUUAAGAGUUGAAAUCCCUACAUUAAAAUUAUAUGUGGAUGAGAGGAGACUAUAUUAUGAUUAUCAAUUGAAAAAGAACCCAUAGACAUUGGUCUGCGGUGACUGUUUUCGGGAACAGUCACUAAAUUUUAUGUCAUUCAAUGAAGAUACCAUUUAUCGAAGUUAAAAAGGAAAAACAAAAGAUAAUUAUUGCCAUCAUUAAAUAAUAGUAUUUCAAGUGUUUACAGCUUGAUACAUGGGUCAUCGAAUGUUAAUUUUACUUACUAAAAACAACUGGUAUAGAUACAACUGUUCCAGUUCUCUGUAAUAUUUUAAGUAUAACUUUACAACAGACCUUUAUAUCACACUAGUGCUCAAGUUGUUAUAAGAGAAUUAUGAAAAACAAUCUCAAUUGUUUCUUGAAAUGGUUUCAGAUACUUGACUUUUCGUUUCAUGAAACAAUCGUAUAUUUUGUGCAAUUUAUUGGUUUGCAAACGCAUUGUAAACACAGACAAAUUUGAUGUAUUUUUAAGCCAAUUACGGCGUUCUAUCAAAACAACCAGAUGCAACAAUUUUAAUAAAACCAUUGUUUUGGUUCUGUGAAGAACUGGCAAGUAUACAAAUCCUAAUAAAUAAUAUUACUUCAGAAAUAUUAACUUCCAGAUAUCGAGAUAUACAGCAAUGUCUACGUCAUCAGGAAGGCACAAGUUUUAUGAACAAGCUCGCUUUCUCAGCGCACGUUCAAAAUCCACAACGGACCAACUGAGUAUUGAAGUGCGGUUUGACGGGCCAAAAUCCCACGUUUCGGCUCGAGUGAAGCCAAAAAGAGCUGAAAUUCACGCGGCUGUUGAUGAUAACCAUAAUGGAAUUCGACAAGACCAGGUCGUAUCUGAGAAACAGUUGAUAAAAAAUAUCGUUAUCUUAGGAAUAUCAUCAGUAUUUGUCUUCAGCUCUUUCUUUGCACUGCAGAAUAUCCAGAGCUCCAUAUUUCAACAAACUGGCCUUGGACUAAAAGCUUUUUGUUGUGUUUAUGGUCUAAUGAUCCUGUCUAGUGUGUACGGCCCUAUGUUUGUUCAGAAACUGACCCCUAAUUGGACAAUUGCCCUCUCAUUCGUCAUGAUCUCUCUCUUAAUCUCCACAUUUUUCUAUCCUCGAUUGUAUACUCUGAUUCCCAGCGCAGUUCCCUUAGGUCUUUCCUUAGGCCCCAUGUUCAGUGCAUAUACGUCUAUUUUGAUGCAGCUGGUGUCAAAAAUGACCUGUCUCACAGAUGUACCUCAAGAAAGAGUGCAACAGCGAUUCCUGCGAAUGUUCUAUCUCUUCCUUAACAUCAGUCGAAUUAGUGGGAAUCUAUUGACGGCUCUGUUGUUACGCUAUGGAGGCGAUGUCUAUGUUUAUCCAACUCAGCAACAACUGGACUCUCAACCAGAAGUCAGAUAUGAUCCAGAUUCAGAAAAACACGAUCCUUCGUUGACGGUUACUCUGUCUAGAGAGGUGGCUAGUCGUUCCUUAUGUGCCACCAACGAAUGUCAGGAUUUUGGCAUCUUGCGAGAUGUACCAAAAUUCAUCUUUCUUCUCCCAUCAAAUGUUAGUCUCAUGCUCGUCAGCGUAUAUCUUGGCUUAGCUCUCACUGGUGUUGCCAUAGUAACGACCUUGCUAGAUAAAUUUGACCUGUACGUUUACCAGGAUCCUCUAGAAAGAUCAUUAUGUUUUCGUACACUGAAAAACCUAGGACUCACAUUUGUGGAUCCUCAGCAACGGCUUCUUCUGCCUUUCGUCUUGUUCAUAGGAAUGGAGCAGGGAUUCAUGUCUACCACAUUUACACAGGCCUACGUCAGCUGUGCUCUAGGACUAGAAGCAGUCGGUUACACUAUGAUGUGCAUGGGGGCCAUGAAUACCGUGGGGGCGCUAGCAGUCCACCAGUUUGCAAAACACUUCAAGAGACCACUCAUUAUGGCAGCAGGUUUCGUAUUCCACGCUGGACUACUCAUGGUCCUUUGGUUAUGGAGACCCGUCAAGGAUGAUGUGGCUGUGUUCUACGUUAUAGCUGCCGCCUGGGGGCUCUGUAAUGCAGUUUGGGAGACUCUGACCUUAACAUUCGUCGUUACCACAUAUACGGAUGAAUGGUAUGGCCCCUUCGCCGCUUAUUCCUUGGUCCAAGCAUUAGGUCUGACUCUGGCCUUUUCUGGCAGUCUGUAUCUCUGUCCAACCAUGCAGAUCUACAUUCUAGCAGGAGUUUUCACCCUGGUGGCAAUUCCUUACACAUGUCUGGAGGUCAGAGUACAUCAACAGCGAAAGAACCAGGAGCAGUCAGCCACGUUGUAACAUCCUAGAGGUUUAUGGCACACCAACAUUUUAAUUAAACUGACAAUUAAUAGAACAUUUCUCAAGUAUUUUGGAAUUACCUGUUCUUGUAUUUGCCGUAGAGUUGCUAAUGUAUUACCUUGAAAAAUCUAUUUUAGCAAACUAAAAUGUUAAGGUGUUUUACUGGUUGAUGUGUGUGUGUUAACAAAUAAGGAAUUUCGUUUUGAUUAUUACAAAAAACAUUAUGUUUUCACUUGUUAUGAAGCAAUAUUAACUUUGCGUUAAUAUUUUCCUUUUGAUCUCCUUUAUACCGCAAUUCUUGCAUCGCGUUAAUUAGCAAAUAUAUUUUAUCAUUUGCAUAUUAUUCCAAGUAUCUUUAUUGAAAGUAAAGUGAAAAUAAGUAAAUAAUAAACUGUUUAAACGCCGAAAACAGGCGAAGCGUUAGAAAUCAGUAGCAUAAAAGUUUUUAUACAAAUCAUGUUAACUGCAGGUACAUUUCUUCACAAUUCUUAAUUUGUCUAUCUCAACCAACUAUGUUGAUCCACAGAAAAAAAUUAUCUUCGCCUUCUACCAAUAUUCAAUAAAUUACAACUGUCACAGCCCCGGUAUACGGUACUUUCUUGACUAGAAAACAGUUCUUCUUUACCAUGUUUGGUCGACAGCUAAGUGCUUUUUGUUUUGUAUUUGUGAACUGAUCGGUUUUCCACGUUCUGCAAAGUAAUGAAAAAUAGUGUUUAUACAGAAUCUGAGAAGAAGGCUUAAAAAAAGGAAAACAAAAAUAAAUCAUAAUUAAUAAAGGUAAAUAUAUUUAAGUUUAUAGGUUA